AUGGAUCAUAUCGGUUCUCUACCGUUGACGAUCGUGUACGUGGUGCCCUAUACGGUUAGCUUUAUGAUCCUGCUGCAGUACUACAGCGUGUUUGUGCACUUGUGGUCCUGCCUGCGAAAGCUUAACAUUAAGCUGACUCCCAUCGUGCAGGGAUAUGGAUAUUUACCCUACACUGGAGAGUCCGUUACCUUUCUCAAUCUUACUCGUAACGGAAAAGACGACCCAAUGAGUCCACAGCAGGAGGUUAUUGAAAAAUUGCGAAUGGUUCACCUGAAAGCGAUGAACGUGGCAGGUAAUGUUAACACUAACUUUGGUCUCGUCAUCAUCUUGAUUGUGGUGGCCGUUUUUGCCAGCAUCAAUGUGGAGCUGCUGGAGCUCUAUCAGUACAUCAAAAACGGCCGGAUAGGUCCUGGUCACAUCGUGCUGAAGUUUUUGUACACUUGCUUUAAAUUUUUCUUCUACUAUCUCAUCGCCCAUCCUAAUAGGAUGAUUCAAAGUGAGAACGAACAAACGCUUAUCCUCCUCUAUUCGAUACGGAAAACAGCUUGCUCCGAUGAAACGAAUAGUGCGAUUGAACACUACGUUUCUCAAAUUUCUAAUCUGCGUAACGUUCAUCAAGCAUGCGGAAUGAUUGAUCUGGAUAUGAAGCUUAUCUCGAACGUAAGUGCAUCUUUGUAG